AUGAUCCAUGCGGCGGCUCCCCAUUUUCUGUGGCCAUUUGCGGUCCGGUACGCCACGCAUCAGCUCAACCUCUGGCCCCGUGUCUCCUUACCGGAGACCUCGCCCACACUGCUGUGGAUGGGGGAGGUUGGCGAUGCGUCGCGAUUUUGGGUCUGGGGUGCUCGUGCCUUUGUCCGCGAUACCACCACGGACAAGCUCUCCGCUCGCGCCAUUCCCUGCGUCUUCCUUGGUUUUCCUCCUGACGCGCCUGGCUGGCAGUUCUACGACCCCGCCUCGCGCCGUGUCUUUGCAUCUCAUCACGUCACCUUUGACGAGUCCGUCCCCUUUUACCGUCUCUUUCCCUACCGCACUGCCCCUCGCCCCCCCCCGCCGCUCUUUCUCGCUCCAGGUCCUCCCCAGGUAGACCCCCUCCCCGCGCCAGGUCCUGCUCCUUCAGGUGUUUCUCAGGUAGACCCUCCCGUGCCUGCGCCUGUUGAGGUCACUGGUGACUCGGGUCUUGUUAGGGGUGGUCCUGCUCGGGGUGCUGUCUCUGGGGGUGCUGAGCCUGAGGGUGCUGAGCCUGCGCGUGAGGAGCCUGGGGGUGCUGAGCCUGGGGGUGCGGAGUCUGGGGGUGCUGAGCCUGAGCGUGAGGAGCCUGGAGGUGCUGAGCCUGGGGGUGCGGAGUCUGGGGGUACUGAGCCUGAGCGUGAGGAGCCUGAGGGUGCUGAGCCUGGAGGUGCUGAGCCUGGAGGUGCUGAGCCUGAGCGUGAGGAGACUGGAGUGACUGUGCCUGGGAGUGCAGUGUCUGGGGGUACUGAGCCUGAGCGUGCUGAAUCUGGGGGUGCGGCGCCUGCGGGUACUGAGCCUGCUGGUGUGCGGUCCCCUUGGAGUGGCCGCCUUCGUCCGCGUGCGCCUCUCUCCCCACAGCAGCUGCACGAGUGGUACACUCGCCGUCAGGGUCGCGCUGCUGGAGCUCGGGGCUCUGCCGCUGGAGGUGCUUCUGCUGUCAUCACUGGAGCUGGGAGUGGUGCUGGUACUUUGUCUACUGGAGGUGCUGGAGUCGCUGGUCCCGGAGGUGCUCGUACUGGAGGUACUGGAGCUGCUGGGGCUGGAGGUGCUGCGUCUGGGGGUGCUGCUGCUGGAGACACUGAGGCUGGAGACCCUGGGAUUGAUGAGAGGUGCCGGUUCUGGGGGUGCUGCUGCUAG